AUGAAUUACCAAUUAUUGGAUGCAUUAAUGCAAAAAGAUGUUGUUAAGUUAGGUGAUUUUGUCUUAAAAAGUGGAUUAAAAAGUCCUAUAUACAUUGAUCUGAGACCAUUAAUAUCAACACCAAAUAUUUUAUCACUUGCUGCUGAUGCUUUAGUUAAUUUGAUUAAAGGAAGUAAUGCUGAUUAUGAUUAUAUUGUUGGUGUUCCAUAUGCUGCAUUACCUGUUGCUACUUUAGUUUGUGAAAAACUUAAUAAGCCUAUGUUAAUGAAAAGAAAAGAAGUUAAAGCUUAUGGAACAAAGAAGCUUAUUGAAGGAAUAUAUAAAAGGGGUGGUAAAUGUUUAAUUGUUGAAGAUGUUGUUACAUCAGGAAUGAGUAUACAGGAAACUGUUGAUGCAUUAGAAAAGGAAGGUCUUGUUUGUAGGGAUGUAUUUGCUGUUCUUGAUAGACAACAAGGUGGUAGUGAAAAGUUAUUAAAAAAUAAAAUUAUUUUAAAAACAUGUGUUAAUAUGGAUAACAUUCUUGAAUAUUUAAUUAACAAAGGAACAAUUGAUAAUAAAAGAAGAGAUGAUAUUAAAAGAAUGUUAGAUAAUCCAGAAAAACAUGUUGAGGAUAAAGAGGUUGUUUCAUGGGAUAUCUCAAAACGUUCUUCCUUAUUUAAAAAUCCACUUAAUAAAAAAAUUUUUGAUUAUAUGUUAAUGAAGAAGUCAAAUCUUUGUGUUGCUGUUGAUUAUACAAAAACAAAAGAUAUAAUGCAUAUUGUUGAUCUUAUCAAAGAUGAUAUUAUAUGCCUCAAGUUACAUUGUGACAUUAUUGAAGAUUUUACCUUAGAAUUUAUACAUGAUCUUUCAAAAAUUGCCGAAACUCAUAAUUUUAUCAUUUUUGAAGAUAGGAAAUUUGCUGAUACUGGAAAUACAGUCGAGUUACAGUUAUCUAAAGGUUUGUAUCAUAUUAGUGAAUGGGCAAAUCUUGUUACUGUUCACUCUGUAUCAGGUGAUUCUAUUUUAAAAACAGUUAAGAAAGUAAUGGAUAGUAAUGGAUCAAAAUUAAAGGGUUCUUUAAUUAUUGCUGAGUUAAGUACAAAAGGUGCUUUAACUAAUGAUGAUAAUUAUAUUGAAAAAACUAAAAAAAUGGCUAUAGAUAACAGUGAUUCUGUAUCUGGUUUUAUUACACAAAAACGUUGCCUUGAUGAUCCAUCUUUCCUUUACUGGACACCUGGAGUAAAUCUUAAUGCUACUUCUGAUGGAGCAGGUCAACAAUGGAGAUCCAUAGAUAAAGCUAUUAUUGAUGAUGGAAAUGAUAUUAUUAUUGUUGGUAGAGCAAUAACUAAUGCUGGUCCUGAUGAAAAUAUUAAAAAAGAAGUUAAACGUUACAAAGAAUGUGGAUGGAAUGCUUUUCAUAAUAAACAAUAA